UGGAUAGCUAGAACGGUUUCAUUGUCAUCAUCUGAAAGAGAAAUCUGGUAGUUAAUUAAAAUUAAUAAGAGAGAAAUAAGAACAAAAACAAAGAUUCCAUGUACGUCAUUUCCGGAUUUCAAAUUUCUUGAACCUGCUAUUUCCAAGAAAUCGGGUUUUCGAGUGCAUUUUGUCAUAUUUGGUUUAUGCAAGAUUACUAUAAAGGAUUCACACUUCUGGAUCGACAUAAUGUCUAGUGAAUUGCCACAAGAGGUAACACCUCCUUCUCCAGCCGGUAAAUACGGCAAAGACAGCGAAUUUGGACAAAUUCUAGACUUUAUUCAAAGCAUAGUUAGCGAUGAAAAUUUGAGGCAUGAAUUUGACAUUCCUCAUCUCGUUGUCGUUGGUCGUCAGAAUAUGGCAAAGACCACACUUAUAAACCGACUCAUUGGAAGAUACUUACUACCAAUGAGAAAGGGUAAGACAGCCACUCAUCUCCAGGCCCUCACGACCUACCCAAUUCUUCUCAAUCUUCGUCGUGAUGAAACUCCUAAAGUAAAAGUUGAAGUUGCUGGUCAUACAGAUAUUGGGGGAUUAGUGGAACAUCCUAAAGAUGAAACAGUUGAAGAAUUUCUUCGAAAUGUUGCUCUAAAUCUUCCUAAAGAACUUGGGACAGAUAUAUCUAAGACACCUGUAACUGUUACCUUAUAUGGGCCAGGUAUGAGCAAUUUGACUCUGGUUGAUCUGCCUGGUGUUCAUUUCUCUAAUGACAAUCAGAGGAUGAAUGUUGUAACAAGAGAAUUGGUUCUUGAUUACAUUAAAAAGAACAAGAAAAGUGUUAUAGUCAUUGUUUCUCAGGUGGGCGACCCUACAGGAGACGGUGCAAUCAACUUGGUUAUGCAGCAUGCCGAGGACUAUAAGAACAGGACAAUUUGUGUUUUAACAAAACCUGACAAACACAAUGAACAUGAUGACAUUGGACGCAAAGUAGCAACCAACCAAUCGCAUUUCACACUGGAAGCUGAUCAUUUCAUUUUGUUAAAAGGGAAAGAUGGCGCUGAUCCCAAUGAAAGUGAGUGGGAUGCAGAGACAACUCGUCUUAUGGAGGAACGUUGGUUCAAAUCACACAGGCAAUACAAGGACUUGAUGCAUAUUUGUGGUAUUGAUCGACUCAUGGAUACCAUGAUUAGGAUGCUGUCAGUCAAAAUGAUUGAAGAAAUCCCGAAAUUAAUUAGGAGUAUGAAUGGUAGGAAAGAAAAGCUAGAACAAGAGCUUCAGUCCCUAAAACAAACAGCCGUCCCAGACCACGAGGCCGGUAAAGGCAAGCUAUUGUCCAGCUUACAAGGCAAAUUAGUCAAACAACUAGAAACGCUAUUGUUCAACAAUACUACAAACAUCGUAGGAGGCGAGAAGGUUCGGGAUCUCAUCUUAGCAUUCAAUAAUACAAUUCUUCAAAUCAACCCUUUAAAGGACAGAGCUGAUGAUGAGAUAAGAAGACUUCUACGUAAGCUUGAGGGUGUUGCGGCACCCCUGGGAAAUAGCAGUGAAAAUAACCAACUUCUGGAGAUGCUACUGUACGAGCCUUUUGAUAAAGCGCACCUAUCAGCUUCUCCAUACCAGACGAAUGCACAGCAACUACAAAGUCCAAUAGAUGAGCUAACUGCAAAGUGCCAAAACCUGGUUCAAAAUGUCCAAAAAGAAUUGAAAGAAAUUGUUCUGUCCGCCGUGAAGGAAACACUCUCAGUUUUCCCUGUUUUACAGAAAUCUGUUGAGACAACAGUCGUGCCAAAGAUCUUCCUUGAAAAAGAGGCUGAAACAGUUAAAUUCAUCAACCAAUUUAUUCAAAUGCAGAAGAAAAGUGUGGAUGUUGUUGCUCUUAACGUUUUACUUCCUCAAGAUAUUGAUAGCGCAAUUAAAACCUUGAUAAGUAAUCAAGUUACUUUCCAGGAGAGACAAGGGAGAUCUACAAAUUAUGUGGSCCCGUCAACCCUGAAUGUGGAUCCCGAAAUCUUCACCCAAAUGCGCCAUUUAUCGAACAGAUUGCAUUCAGAUAAAAUAGUGAACGCGGCGACUUCAUGUUCUUUGAAAGAACCUGCGAGCUACAAGGAGAAAGAGCAAAUCAUCACAACAAAAAAGAAUGUAAUUCGUUGUUUCAAUCACAUCAAACUGAACGUAAUCAACACUGUACCACGAUGCAUCCAACACUUCUUCAUCACGCAACUUGUUGAAAGCCUCGACAAAGAGCUAGAAGAUGCUGAACUCAUGGAAUUCUUACAAGAAAAGGAAGACGUCAGAAGGAAGCGCAUCAAAGCGCAAACAACUCUUAACAGCAUCAAUCACGCCUUACCWCAGACUGAAAAGAUUACGCCAAUGUUGCUUCGUAUUAAGCAAGGGAAAUCAGCAGUUAGGAAAUAGGCUAUUUGUAGUCUCUAUCAACAGCCGCGACUUCCGGUCUCGUCAAAUGUCCUCGCCAAAAGUUAAGAGACUAGGCUAUUUGGGGUUAUAAUAGUAAUAGUACAAGCACUGUAAUUGGUCUAGGCAAAAUUUAAAASUUUACAAUUCUAAAAUAUUUAGAUAACGUACGAGCACUGUGAUUGGUUUAGACAAAAUUGAAGAGUUGACAAUUCUAAAAGCAAAUAUGUAGAUAGCGUACGAGUGUUGUGAUUGGUCCAAGUGCCAAUAGUUUGAUUUGCUCUGGCAAUAUAAUUGAUGCUGUGAUUGGUCCAGACAUUCAAGUACGAAUAUUUCAGUAGGCGUUAGUGAUGAGCUCUGAUUGGCUCACAUUUGUGUUAUUGGACCAAUUGUAUCAAUAUAUCAAGUUUGUAYAUUUAUUUUUCAAUUCAAGUCUCAAAUUAUCAAUUUUGGGCAAAAUGUACUUCAUAGCCCAUCAAACAGUCGAAAAUCAUCGAUUUCUGGUGAAAAUGCAUGGACUGUAGUCUACUAUUAAAAAUGAUCAAAAGACAAGUAGUUCUUAUAAUUUCAUGAUCUAAUAGUCCAUAUAUUUUAACUCCAAAAUCAUCAMUGUUUAGUAUUUUUGUGUUUUUAAGCUCAAACAGCAGGAAAACACUUGUAUAAAUUGUWUAUUUCUACGUUGGCAAUAAAAAUGUUGUGUUUCA